GCUAGACUUCCAUGGUAAACAAAUGGAAGUGCUGUCCGUGCUUGUGCUAACACGUCACGGAGUUACAGCCAAGUUAAGACGAUGGCCGAAGCAACAAACGAAGGCGCUGCGACGCACGUGGAUUCUGAAUCAGACUCCAGUCAUGAAGGUCCUCUGAAGGAAUGGUCUCCGGAGGAGGACAAUAAUCUUCAAAUCCUGGUCAACAGCUUUGGAAAUAAUAGUUGGAAGGCUGUCGCUACCUUUUUACCAGGACGGACAGCAAAGCUGUGUAAACGCCGCUGGAAAUGUCUGAACCCGGCAACGGCUUGGACUCGAGAGGAGGAUGAGAAGAUCAUCGAGGGUGUCGUCAAGUAUGGCACCAAAUGCUGGAAUCUGAUUGCGAAAGACGUCAAAGGCCGCUGCGGUAAAGAUUGUUUCAAGCGAUGGAGGACCCACCUCAAUACAAUGAUGAACAAAGGCGCUUGGUCCAGAGAAGAAAACCUCAUUCUUUACAAAGCGUAUUCAAUUUUGGGAAACCGCUGGGCGGAGAUCGCCAAAUUCUUCCCUGGGAGGACAGUGGCGGCUGUGAAGAAUCACUGGCACAACUACGUGAAGCACGAAGCUAACUUGGGCAGCCUGGCAGAGGACAACGACUCUGUGUCUCUCGACAUUCAGCAGUUUGUGGAUGCAACGGACGAGUUUAAAUGUGAUGUUGUGAUCCACGGUGAACCUGUCACUCCGAAAGUGACACAGAUAAAAGCAGUGGCGAAGUCGGCGGAGAAACAGGAAGUUGCGAAGCUGGUGGCUACUCUUCCACAGGCGUCAGUGUCUACCUGCCCCUCAAGCAGUCCGUCUUUGCCUCGCAGCCCUGUCUCCAGUUCGGGCGCUGCUCCCACGGUGUGUCCCCAGAAAAAGUUAGCAGAUGCAGCAUUAAGGAUGAUCGCGGAGGACAUGCUGCCGCUCAGUUUUGUGGAGGGGGUGGGCUUCAGGUCCUUCAUGUCCACCAUCAGCCCAGAGAGCGGCAAGCUCUCCCAGAGGGUGAUAGGUCUGCAGCUGUACGACGACGUGGAGAGAUCCAUCAAGCCUCAGCUCAUCCGGGAGCUCAAGUCCUGCGUGUCGAAAGAUUCCGAGGGCACCAUUCAUGUGACCUACGACCUGUGGGCAGGGGACCCAUCAAAAGCUGAUGAGCCCCUGGUGAUCGUGCAGCUCCACUUCAUCAGCGCCUCCUGGCAAAUCCGCCGUCCCUUUGUGGCUUUCCGUCAACUCAGCCACAAAGAUCUGAGCAAGGCAGUGGCGCGGGAGCUGGAGGGAGUCCUGCUGAGCUACGGGAUCUUCCCUCAGAGCGUCGGCUACGUCCUUGUCACAUAUAAAAUAGUGUGCUCCUCGAACAGAGGGGAGCCGGACGGAGAGGACGUGUUGGGAUUUCUGAGCGACCGGAUGUCUGAAACAGAAACCCCAUUUUCAGAACUGCAACUUGGAACCAGGACCAGAUGUGUCACCCAAGGUCUGCAGCAGGUGGUGAGAGAAGCUCUGAAGAAUUCCCGCGUGGUGGAGAACCUGCUCUCUCAGGCUCGUAACGUUGUCGGUUUCUUCAAGAGCAACGUUUACUGGGGCGAGGUUCUGUUGAAGGAGAGUGGUGUGUCUCUCUGUCCAUCCUUUUCCAACUGUCGCUGGAACUCCAUGUUGGUGUCGCUGCGUCGCAUGGUGCAGGAGUCUUCGUGGAGCACCAUCAUGAUUCUGCUGGCACAGGCUCGUGUCGAGGCCAAAGAUGCGGCUAGCGCCCCACCUUUAGUCAUGGUCAAGAGGGAGCAAGUGAGCGACAUCCUUGGUCUCCUUGAGCCCUUCCAGGAGGCUUUGCAGGUGCUGCAAGGACACGGUGUGACCUUCUCACAUGUCAUCCCGUCUCUCCUCACGCUGGAUAAAUGUUUGGAAAAACGGACGACAAAUUACACACACUUCUGCAAGGCUCUGAGAGCUGGUCUGCGCACUCACUUCCAGUCCUUCAUCCACCAGAAGGAGCUCGUCCUGGCUACUGUGUUGGAUCCCCGCAACAAGCUGCAGCUUUUUCCCGAUUCAUCUCCAGAGCAGACUGUUUUUCUGUCUCCACCAUCCAAGUGUGAGGCUCGUGCCCUCAUUGAAGCAGCACUUGGAAACACAAAAGCAUCUGCUGAAGUCCCACAGAACCAACAAACAGACCAGCAGGAAAAGUCGGACCAGUCCGGGUCCAGUUUAGAAAGCGACACUAAAAAAAGUGACUGUAAACGCAAGGGUCCCACCGAUGUCCCGGAACCACCGUCAAAGAUGAUCAGAACUUCAGAACUUGAUGCCUACCUGUCAGAACCGCUGAAAGAAGGGACCUCCAGUUUAGCGUUUUGGAAAAACGCGUCUCAGUUCCCUCAACUCCAGAGUGUCGCAAAGACUCUGCUGUCGGUCCCGGUUACUGCCAGCGCCUUCGACCGACUUUGUCCUUUAGCAGCAUGCAUCGUGCGAGCCAAGAGGAACCGCAUUUCUCCUCACAUCACUGAACGGCUGCUUGUUUACAAAAACUCACUGAAGACGGUCAAAAAAUCAAGUGCGGAAAAGAAACCAAGGUGAGGGAGAUUGUUUGGUUCAAGACUCAUGUUGGUGGAUUUUCCAAAAAUCAUGGUAUCAGCGACACUAUGAUCGACUCUCCAACUGCACCAGUGUGUGGGAAUUUUAUUUAUAUUAAAACGCAGCAGAUGUGUUCA